GUAUAAAACUCCUGCACUGUGCCGGCUCGCACAGUCUGCAUCUCUCUCACAUAAAGAUUACGUUGUUGUCUGCGUGAGGUUUAAGGACAUUUGUGAGAACUAUUUAGAAUAUAAACCAAGAAAAACAAGUUAUAUAUAUACACACACACACACACACACAUAUAUAUAUAUAUAUAUAUAUAUACACACACAUAUAAUAUAAAUAUAUAUUUAUUUAUUCAUUUAUUCAUUCGUAAUAUUACCUCAACAGUGAAAUCAUCUUUUACAUCAUCAUGAGGGAAUGUAUCAGUAUCCACGUUGGACAAGCAGGUGUACAAAUUGGUAAUGCUUGUUGGGAACUCUACUGUCUUGAACACAAAAUUCAACCUGAUGGUCAAGUACCUUCAGAUAAGAAACCGAGGAGAGAUGAUUCGUUUAGUACUUUCUUCAGUGAAACUGGGGCUGGGAAGCAUGUCCCCAGAGCGGUCUUUGUUGACCUGGAACCAACUGUUGUUGAUGAAGUCCGCACUGGUAUGUAUCGACAGCUUUUCCAUCCCGAACAGCUAAUCACCGGCAAAGAAGAUGCAGCAAAUAACUACGCACGUGGUCAUUAUACCAUUGGCAAGGAGAUAAUCGACCUAGUACUAGAUCGAAUCCGGAAGUUAUCUGAUCAGUGCACAGGGCUUCAAGGGUUCUUAGUUUUCCACAGUUUUGGUGGAGGUACUGGAUCCGGUUUUUCUUCCCUGUUGAUGGAACGCCUUAGUGUAGAUUAUGGGAAAAAGUCCAAGCUUGAGUUCUCAGUCUACCCAGCACCACAGAUUUCAACUGCCGUUGUUGAACCAUAUAACUCCAUCUUAACAACGCAUACUACUCUGGAACACUCUGACUGCGCUUUCAUGGUCGAUAACGAAGCUAUUUAUGAUAUUUGCCGUAGAAACCUGGAUAUAGAAAGACCCAGUUAUACAAAUCUCAACCGUCUCAUCGGUCAGAUUGUCAGUUCAAUCACUGCCUCUCUACGUUUUGAUGGGGCUCUCAAUGUAGAUUUGACUGAGUUUCAAACUAACUUGGUUCCUUAUCCUCGAAUUCAUUUCCCGCUCGCUACUUAUGCUCCGGUUAUUUCAGCCGAAAAAGCCUAUCAUGAACAACUAUCAGUUGCUGAAAUCACCAAUGCCUGUUUUGAACCGGCUAAUCAACUUGUUAAAUGUGACCCGCGCCAUGGCAAAUACAUGGCGUGCUGUCUGCUGUACAGAGGAGAUGUUGUACCUAAAGAUGUCAAUGCAGCUAUCGCCACCAUUAAGACAAAACGUUCUAUUCAGUUCGUUGAUUGGUGUCCCACUGGUUUCAAGGUUGGAAUUAACUAUCAACCACCCACUGUUGUUCCCGGAGGUGAUCUUGCCAAAGUCCAACGCGCUGUUUGUAUGUUAAGCAACACCACAGCUAUUGCUGAAGCUUGGGCACGUCUUGACCACAAAUUCGAUUUAAUGUAUGCUAAAAGAGCUUUCGUACAUUGGUAUGUAGGGGAAGGUAUGGAAGAGGGAGAAUUCUCCGAAGCACGUGAGGAUUUGGCAGCAUUAGAAAAAGAUUACGAAGAGGUCGGUGUUGAUUCUAUUGAAGGUGAAGGUGAAGAAGAAGGAGAAGAAUAUUAAAAUGGCUGUUCAACGUUUAAAAUGGCGACAAAGGAGAGAGGACUUAUUUUAGUAAUAAGAAAAGUCUUCCACUGAUAUUUUGUGGAGAUUUCCGACAGUAUGAAACAAUGUUUCGAGCCAAUUAUUCUCAAAUGUCAUUUUUCCCAACCAGGUUCGGAAGAGUGAGACGAAAAAAAGAUACCAAUCUGAAUGACAACAAAAUAAAUUCAAACAUGGAUUUUAUUCCAUGAACAAUAACAGCGAGAAAUAAAUAAAGAAAGAAUGUUAGUAUUUGAGAGAGAGUGGGAGAGAGAGAGAGAGAGAGUGUGUGUGUGUGUGAGAGAGAGAGAGAGAGAGAGAGAGCUUGUUAGCUUUUGAUUUUUUUAAAAACCUGACUAAAACACCAGAAAAUAUAUUUCUGUGUCGAAGUGUCUUUUAUUUAUUUCCAAUUUGGUUUGUAUAAAAAGAAAAUGUCGUAGACUUUAUAAUUAAUUAAUGAUGCACUAAACAGCGUAUAUUGCAUAAUCUGAAAUGGUAAGGUUUAUUUAAUGAUAAACAAAAAAUGUUAGCCAUCGCUGUGGUGUGUAGCCUAAUAUACAGGAACAAAUGUAAGCAAAUGCCUUUUUGUUUUAUCUUACAUCUUUCCGUGGACAGAACAUACUGCAACAACCCAGCGAAAAAUCUCUAUUCACAGAGAGAUAAUAAAAAAAGACAUUUAUUCAUAUUUGUAUUCGAGUGUCUGAAUAGACAUCACAGCAAUUGUUAAAAUUUGUACUGUUUAUUGUAAUAUAUACGUUAUAAUCUACAUUUCGAUUAUUCUAUUCAUGAAAUUGUUCGCAAAACGUAAAAAUAAAAUCAGGUAAGAAAUCGGGACUAAAUUCCAAGAAGUAGACUGCAUCUAACAUCAGUUUCCAGUCAAAAGAAUUAUAUCAACUGUACAAAGCAAUUUAUUAUUUUAAAUGGACUUAUUCAAAACUGAUGACCGUAUAUAUAUAUAUAUAUAUAUAUAUAUAUAUAAAAAGUUGAAACUGAAUAUGUUCGUCCAUCAAGGUUAUUUUCAUUAUUUUCUAAUUAGUUCAAUAUUUUUCGUUCUUCUUUUCUAUUCAAGGUCCAACAUUAAUUAAUAUUUAUAUUUUUUUCAUAUCUCCGAUGAAAUUUUCGUUUAAUAGCAAAAGUAUUAAAUACUUGAGCGCUUUCUGAUUCAUGCAUGAUAUGGAAGAGUAUUUUUAGUAACUAAUUUCAAUGAUGGCCAUCUAAAGGUACUUUUCUAAAUAUUGGCUGGUACGAGCCGAAUGCAGUCGGCAAACAAAAUUCAAUGUAAAAAAGAAAAAAAGAGGCGUAUAUUCAAAUGCCACACACACUGAUUGAUCAAUAUGUUUGUAAUUAAGACUGGAAACGGAAAUGGUAAUAAAAAUUAAUACAAUCGGA